UAAAAAAAACGUGUUUACGCUUGGUGAACCCUAGCCGCGCCGGACAUUAAAAAGAAAGGUGAAGUCGUCUCAUCAGCCUCUCGUCUCAGCCACAGAUUUUGUUCCUUGGUGUUCUCCAUUUUCGAGUAGCUGCUACGUUGAUGAUCAAGCGUCGGCUGAUAUAAAGCGGAGUUGUUUGGCCUCCAAGAAACCCCGCUUUCCCACUGGCUUUCCCUCUCCUCCGUCAAAACUUACCCAAGUCUCCCCGUACACUUUGCGUAUCGUUUCUGAGCCAGAGUUUCUGUCAACGCUGCGACAUGGCAGCUGAGGGUGGGAAAAGCUUUGCUAGGAGGGACCGUCUCCUGCAGAUUGAGCAUGAUGUUCGAGAAUGGUGGGAGAAAGAAGAUAUUUUCAGGGCUGAAUCUUGUGAAAGACCUCCUGAACCGGGUGAGAAGUUCUUUGGCAACUUCCCCUAUCCUUAUAUGAAUGGGUAUUUGCAUCUUGGACACGCUUUCUCACUUUCAAAGCUAGAAUUUGCUGCUGCUUAUCAUAGACUAAGAGGUGCCAAUGUGCUCUUGCCUUUUGGUUUCCAUUGCACUGGCAUGCCCAUCAAGGCCUCAGCUGAUAAACUUGCACGUGAAAUCCAACAAUUUGGGAAUCCACCAACAUUUCCCCUUGAAUUGGAUGAGGAAGUACACAUCUCACAAGAAUCUGAGGAUGCAAAUGAAGGUGCACCGCCAGAUAAAUUCAAGGGCAAGAAGUCCAAAGCUGCGUCAAAGUCAAGUGGUCAGGCAUUCCAGUGGGAGAUUAUGCGUAGUUUUGGCCUCUCUGAUAGUGAGAUAUCUAAUUUCCAGAAUCCACAUAAUUGGUUGAGCUACUUUCCUCCAUUGGCCAAGGAGGACCUUAAAGCUUUUGGCUUGGGUUGUGACUGGAGACGCUCCUUUAUCACUACUGACAUGAACCCGUUUUACGAUUCCUUUGUGAGGUGGCAGAUGAGGAAGUUAAAAUCCAUGGGGAAGAUUGUGAAAGAUGUCAGAUACACCAUAUAUUCUCCCCUAGAUGGCCAGCCAUGCGCAGAUCAUGAUAGGGCUAGUGGUGAAGGAGUUCAGCCUCAAGAGUACACUCUCAUUAAGAUGGAGGUGUUGUCGCCUUUUCCCCCUAAACUAGGAGUGCUAGAAGGGAGAAGAGUUUUCUUGGCGGCUGCAACUUUGAGACCAGAGACUAUGUAUGGGCAAACAAAUGCAUGGGUAUUGCCUGAUGGGAAGUACGGGGCAUUUGAAAUUAAUGACACAGAAGUGUUUAUUGUCACACAAAGAGCUGCCCUUAACCUUGCAUAUCAGAACUACUCUAGAAUCCCAGAGAAACCUACAUGCUUGGUUGAGCUGACUGGUUAUGAUUUGAUUGGCCUCCCAUUAAGGUCCCCUCUUUCGUUCAAUGAGAUCAUAUAUGCUCUUCCCAUGUUGACCAUCCUGACAGACAAAGGUACCGGCAUUGUCACUAGUGUUCCCAGUGAUGCUCCUGAUGAUUACAUGGCCUUGCAUGAUUUAAAAUCAAAACCACCUCUUAGGGCAAAGUAUGGUGUGAAGGAUGAAUGGGUAUUGCCGUUUGAGAUUAUUCCCAUAAUUGACAUUCCCGAAUUUGGAGAUAGGGCUGCAGAAAAAGUUUGCAAGGAUCUGAAAAUCAAAAGCCAGAAUGAAAAGGAGAAGCUUGCAGAAGCCAAGAAGUUGACAUACUUAAAGGGGUUUACUGAGGGAACAAUGGUUGUUGGUGAGUUUUCAGGGAGAAGAGUCCAGGAAGCAAAGCCAUUGAUCAGGAGCAAACUUUUAGAGAUUGGCCUGGCAAUCAUGUAUAGUGAACCUGAGAAGCGGGUGGUAUCAAGGUCUGGUGAUGAAUGUGUUGUGGCACUUACAGAUCAAUGGUACAUUACAUAUGGGGAACCAGAAUGGCAGAAGUUGGCUGAGGAAUGCCUGUCCACCAUGAAUCUAUUUUCUGAUGAGACACGACAUGGAUUUGAGCACACUUUGGGCUGGCUGAAUCAGUGGGCUUGCUCGCGAUCAUUUGGGCUUGGGACGCGAAUCCCUUGGGAUGAACAAUACCUUGUUGAGUCACUGUCUGAUUCCACUAUCUACAUGGCUUAUUACACCGUUGCCCACCUGUUACAGAACGGGGACAUAUAUGGGUCUGAUACAUCUCUCAUAAAGCCAGAACAAAUGACGGAUGAGGUCUGGGAUUUUCUUUUCUGUGGUGGGCCAUACCCAAAAUCAUCUGAUAUUUCUUCAUCUAUUCUUAAUAAGAUGAAGCAGGAGUUUGAAUAUUGGUACCCGUAUGAUGUUCGAGUCUCUGGUAAGGAUCUCAUCCAGAAUCAUCUGACCUUCUCCAUCUACAACCACACAGCAAUCAUGCCCAAGAAUCACUGGCCUCGGGGGUUUAGAUGCAAUGGGCACAUCAUGCUCAAUUCUGAGAAGAUGUCCAAGUCUACAGGGAAUUUCAGGACCUUGCGCCAGGCAAUUGAGGAGUUUUCUGCUGAUGCUACACGAUUCUCUUUGGCUGAUGCUGGUGAUGGUGUUGAUGAUGCAAAUUUUGUAUUUGAGACUGCUAAUGCUGCUAUCUUACGACUUACUAAAGAGAUUUCAUGGAUGGAAGAAGUUCUGGCAGCAGAGUCUUCUUUGAGAACAGGUCCCCCAUCUACUUAUGCUGAUCGGGUGUUUGCAAAUGAGAUAAACAUUGCUGUCAAAAUGACUGAGCAGCAUUACCAUAAUUACAUGUUCCGCGAAGCUCUCAAGACUGGAUUUUUUGAUCUUCAAGCUGCCAGGGAUGAGUACAGGUUCUCAUGUGGUGCUGGGGGCAUGAACUAUGAUUUGGUUUGGCGUUUUAUGGAUGUGCAGACACGGCUUAUCACUCCAAUCUGUCCUCACUAUUCAGAGUAUGUUUGGAGGAAGCUUUUGAAGAGGAAUGGGUUUGUUCUGAAGGCUGGAUGGCCUGUAGCUGAUGCUCCAGACCUAACCCUUAAGAGUUCCAACAAGUAUUUGCAAGAUUCGAUUGUUUUGAUGAGAAAGCUACUUCAGAAACAAAUAUUAGGUUCAAGGAAAGCCAAUAAGACUGGUGCUCCAGUCACAUCACUGACUGAAGACAACAAGCUAACAGGCUUGAUAUAUGUGAAUGAACAAUUUGAUGGAUGGAAAGCAGAGUGCUUGAUGAUAUUGCAAAGCAAAUUUGACAGGAAGUCUCAUACCUUUGCUCCAGAUAAGGAGAUACUUGAGGCACUGAAGAAUAGUUCUGUUGGUCAGGCCAAAGAUUUCAAGCAAACCCAAAAGCUGUGUAUGCCUUUCUUGAGGUUCAAAAAGGAUGAGGCAGUUGCACUUGGAGUCCAGGCUUUGGAGUUGAGGCUACCAUUUGGAGAGAUUGAGGUCCUCCAGGAGAACUUGGACUUGAUUAAGAGACAACUUAGUCUUGAAGAGGUGGAGAUUUUGUCUGCAACCGACCCCAAUGCUCCUGCUAAAGCUGGUCCUCUUGCAUCACUACUAAAUCAGAAUCCUCCAACCCCUGGAAAUCCAACUGCCAUAUUCUUGAAUAGGCAUCCUCUUCUGCCUUGAUUGUCUGGUUGAGGAUAGAGGAAAAGUAGUUACGGAAGCUGCAUCCCUGACAAGGAAGUCAUGUUUCAAUUUUUACCAUCCAUAUUCUCAGCAAUCAGAAAGAAGAGUUUUACUGUCUUCUUUAUUUUAAGAAAUAGUGGAAUCAAAGAAUCUGGCAAGUUGACAACAUUUAACGGAAAACAUCUGUUCUGGCAAUUCAGUUUAUAAAUCUUGAUGUGAAAUAAAAUGUUGCCAGCUUUUAGCUCGUGGUUCCAUCUUUAUGCUAUCUCUAUUGUUGCCUUUGUUUUUGACAUCUUAUCUUUCCAUCUAAAGUUUUUCUCAAGUCCUUUUACACUCAGCUGAAUGAUGUUUGAAUUUGUGCCUCUUUGUUUUACUAAAAUCCUUAAUAUGUCUGGGUACCAGAUCAGAGACAGAAAAAUUGGUUUUUGGGUGAUAACUGUAGGACCGAGAGCGUGGUUUUGAUUUUCACAUGUUGGACAGCUGCAUUGUUGUUUUCUCUGUGACCACCCCAUGAAAUUCGUCAGAUGUCAAAUCGUUACUCUAAUCAUCUCUAGUUUGCUAACUGUAAUUUUUAGGCAGAUGCUCAUAAUUUACUCAUUCUUUCAGAUAUGAUAGUUCUGUCACAUGCCUAUGAAAUUGUACAACAUCAUCAAUGUACUUGGCAUCUCAUAACAUACUCAUUGUGUUGUUAUCAGAUUGCAUCUCCUCCCCCUAAUAUAAGGAGUGGAGGGUGAAGUCAUGGGUUCAACUCUGUACGAGUGUCGAGUAUUUUUACCUUUAAAAAGAAAGUGAACUUGCUCGUCUUUCAUUGUCCUGUUUCUGCCCAAUUCUGAUAGCAAUAGUUACUCAUGUUCUUCUUUUUGUGUCAAGUCAAUGGUGUUAUGAAAUUCUUUUCCUCGCUUCUCCUGUGUAUUAAUAGGUCCUAGGAAGCACCGGCAGCAAAUUACUUGACCAGGAAGCUGAGGAUCUUGCUUUUCGUGUUGCUUUGGGAGAAAUUCCAAUGA